AUGUCAUCAGAGCUCAACGCAUCAUCAUUAUCGUCAUCGGCGUCUGAUUUACCUGCAACAACAGCAACAACGUCAUCAUCAACAACAGCAAAUUUACUCUCGGGGAGAAAAGCAGCUCGAUCGCUUAGGAUAUUCCAAGGACUAUCUCAAGAAAAUGAAGACCACCACCAUCACAAACACCAUAAUCAUACACACCAUCGAAAUGGUGAUGUAGGGAAACCUAGUCCGAUUAAAGAAAAACGACCACAGAUUAAUAACAAUUCCAUCAACAAUGACUCGUUAGAUUUAGAACCAGUUUCUUCAGCCACUUAUAUUCCUCAUAUUCCCGCAACGGAAACCCUACCCGACGAACCAAUAACACCUAUACUGUCUGUGAAACCACAACAUUUGACUGCAAAUUUAGAAUUUGAUCAUGGAGUAAAUGGUGAUAUUACAAAAAUAUCUUCUGUUUUCAAUAGUGCAGCAUCAGGUAAAACUACAGGAGAUACUCAAGAUAAACCUGAUUCAACUACCACUACGCAUGAACUCGAUGCAAUUGAAGAUGAAGAGAAAACAGUGGAUUUCCCCUUGACUGUGGAACUCAAACCUUUUAAGAAUAAAGUAGGUGGACAUACUGCUAUUUUCUCUUUUAGUAGAAGAGCAGUAUGUAAAGCAUUACUCAAUAGAGAAAAUUGCUUUUAUGAAACAAUUGAAAGCAAUCCAACAUUAUCAAAAUUCACUCCAAAAUAUAUUGGAUUGUUAAAUGUGCGGUAUUCAGACUUACCAGAAGUUUCUUUGGAUGAUAAUUUACAUAUGAUUCCUGAUAGUUUGAAACAAUAUUCAAGUUCGUUUCCAUCACCGAAAUUCAGUUUGGAUGCCAGUCCUGUUCCUAGUUUAACAAACUCACCAGUACAACGUUCUAAUAUGGGUUCUACUUCAGUAAACACCGAGUUGCAAGUUAAAGUAUUGGAAGAAGUUUUCCAGCCUUUGAAAUUACAUGACAGUGAUGUAUUUGCUAUGGAUGAAGAAAGUAGUCAAACCAGCAUUAACAAUAUUCUACCAGAAGAACCAUCUUCACUUCCUUCAUCAUCUCCUGAAGUGUUACUUCGAAAGCAUACUAGAUUUGAAAGAUUUAUUGUUUUGGAAGAUCUUACUUGUGAUAUGAAACAACCAUGUGUAUUGGAUUUGAAAAUGGGAACAAGACAAUAUGGAAUUGAAGCAUCGCGAAAGAAACAAGAAAGUCAACGUGCCAAAUGUUUAUCUACUACUUCAAGAGAAUUAGGAGUCCGAGUGUGUGGAUUACAAGUUUUCAAAUAUGAUAAUCAACGUUUAGCUAAAGAUAAAUAUUUUGGUAGACGCAUCAAGAUUGGUAAACAAUUUUGUAAAAUACUAGGUAAAUUCUUAUACAAUGGACAUGAUAUAUAUUCAAUCUUGAACAAAAUUCCUAAUUUGAUUGAUCAACUUAAGGAAUUGUAUCUGGUAUUUAGAGAAUUACCAGGUUAUAGAAUGUAUGGUAGUCUGGUUUUGUUGAUGUAUGAAGGGGGUAUUACUGAGUCCAGCCAUGUCAAGGUGAAAAUUAUUGACUUUGCUCAAUCAGUAUUACCAGAAGAAGAUAUUGAGAAUGCCAAAAUUCCACCACGGCAUCCAAAAUUGCCAGAUAUGGGCUAUUUGCGUGGUUUAAAUUCAUUAAUUGCAUAUUUUAUUUUAAUUUUUAAUAUCAUCAGUGGAACCAAGUUACGAAACACCCAAGAUAUGGGUAUCUGGAUCAAAGAUAAUGAAGAUAAACUUAGAUUGGAAUCCUGUAAAUGGUUGAAUGAUUAUGCUGAAUUGGAAAAUUUACAAGAUGGAGGAAUCAAUGAAGAUAUUCCAGGUGAUCCAUUUGAUAUUUAUUAUCCUGGUUAUACAGCAGAAGAAGACGAAAAUAUUUCUGAAUAG